CAUUCGAUUCAAUCACUUGCAUUUUAUUAAAUUGUUGUGUAUACACGCAUUAGUGCUAUUUCGUGUCUGUGUUAGUGCUUCAUCGAUCUUGCUUUUGUGGGCCACCACAGUAUAUUCACCCAUAUUAGUUCCCUACAUAUAAACCACCUUUUUCAGCUCUCCUCCUUGCUUUUUCUCUUGUCUAUAUCCUUCCUUGAACUUCAUUACUAACAGGCAACAAAGUUAUGGGAAUUAGUAUUGUUUCAGCCAUGGGAGUGUGUUUAGGCGGCAAGGUCAAAGCUGAAAGCCCAAUUAAUUCAGGGUUAAGUUCGAAGGGUGUGAUUGUCAAUACAGAAGAUCACAGUAUCCCAUGUUGCAAGAUUUCUCAUGAUAUCAUUAGCUCAAGUAGUGAGGUAUCAGCCGCUUCGGUAUCGGUGCCACAGACUCUUCCGCGUGUGGGGGAGAUGUUGCAAUCAUCCAAUUUGAAGAGCUUCACUUUGACAGAACUUCAGAAUGCAACUAGAAAUUUUCGUGUGGACAGUGUGUUAGGAGAUGGUGAUUUUGGAUCAGUUUUUAAGGGUUGGAUUGAUGAACAUUCAUCUUCUGCUGCAAAACCUGGCACAGGCAUUGCUGUUGCUGUCAAAAGACUUCAUCAAGAUUGUUUCAAAGGUCACAACAAGUUCAUGGCUGAAGUCAAUUAUCUGGGCCAGCUUUCACAUCCUCAUCUAGUGAAAUUGAUUGGUUAUUGUCUUGAAGAUGAAAACAGCCUUCUGAUUUAUGAAUUUAUGCCACGUGGCAGCUUGGAGAAUCACUUGUUCAUCAGAGGCUCAUAUUUUCAACCUCUUUCUUGGAGCCUACGUUUGAAGGUUGCUCUUGGUGCUGCUAAAGGCCUUACAUUUCUUCGCAACGCUGAAACAAAAGGAAAAUACCGCGAUUUCAAUACCUCAAAUGUCUUGCUAGAUUCAAAUUAUAAUGCAAAACUUUCUAAUUUUGGGCAUUCAAAGGGCGGGUCCAUGGUUGAUAAAAGUCAUGUCUCCACCAAGCUAACAUACGGAUAUGCAGCUCCAGAAUACCUCGCCUCCGGUAAUCACACUGCUAAAAGUGAUGUAUAUAGUUUUGGAGUUGUGCUAUUGGAAAUAUUAUCAGGGAGGAGAGUUGUUGACAAGAAUAGACCACCAAGUCAACACAAUUUGGUGGAAUGGGCUAAGCCUUAUCUAACCAACAAGCGUAAAAUUUUGCGCGUGUUGGAUAGCCGUCUUGAAGGCCAAUAUGAGUUAGAAGAUGCCUAUAAAGUUGCUACACUAUCCCUAAGGUGCCUUUCAAUAGAAGCCAAGUUGAGACCAAACAUGGAUGAGGUUGUUACGGAUUUGGAGAAGUUGCAGGUUCAAGAUGUAAAUGGCUGCAAUCAGAAUCGUUCGCGUAGAAGAAGUGCUGAUUAUGUUACCCAUUCCAGAACAACCGCAGCUUAUCCACAACGCUCGGCUUCUAUGUUCUGUACAUGACACUGCACACUGCAAAUACACUAUCCUUGGAAGUUGACAAAACUGAAUGUCCCCACAUGAGGUGAUUCCACGUCGUAAACAUUUGUGUUACUUAAUAAAUUGUAGAUAUCUUACUAUAGUUAAUGUAUGAGAACUAAAUUUUUCUUGGACAUUCUGCUUGUUGAUAGUGCAUAUGUCAAAGAAUAAUUGGAUUUUUUGGUGUUUUAACAGCACAAAUAACUAGCAUUGCUAGUGCUUUUGCAUGUUUAUCUUGUUAACUCAAUUAUUAUAGUUAAUUUUGAUA